CUAACGACUCAAUUUCGUCAAUGAUCUCACUGUUCAUUUAUCAUAAUAAACCCAUCGCCUUUUCCUUUUGAAUCCUGCCCUUUUUAUCUAUUCUAUUCUCUUCUCGGUCGCUUUGAUUAAAGAAGCAAAAGUAAAAUGAGAGGGAAAAGAGCAAGGAACAACCCGCUGAAAAGCUGCAACAUGAAUGGGAAAUUUGAGAAUGUUGUUUUCAUUGAUGUUUAUGGUAUUAGAUUGUUGUUUUCAUUGAUGUUUAUGGUGAUAGAUUUGAGAAUGUUAUCAUCAUUGAUGCUCCUUAAUCUGCGGAGGAAGAUUUACAAAGUUCCACUGGAUCAAAGGGUGGUAAGCAUUUCCCUGCUUCAGAUGUAAUUAGCAUUGAUGAUGAUGAAUCUGAUAAAAUGGAUGAUCUUGAAAUUUGUGUUGAAUGCGGUGAUGACUUCGAUAGUGAUGCCUCCUCAAGAAAAAGUUGUCCUGUACCUGACUUUAAGCAGAAAUCUACAGGAUUAGAUGAUGAUGACUGCUGGUUCAUGUGGGAAAAGAAACCUGCAUUUAAACCAUCUAAGUGCAAGAAAACCUAUGCAGGGAAGACUCCUUGUGGAAAACAUUUUGGUUUAAGUCCUGAGUCCGAGGAUUGCUCAUCCGAAAGUGAUUAUACUGAUUGUGAAGUUAUUGAAGGUUCUGUUGGAAAAUUGCAAGAACAGUGGGAGAAUGCUUCCCAAAGAAGGAGAUAUAAUUUUAGAAAUGGUCAAUCUUGUUUAGAGGAUCAGACUAGUUUCUCAGGAUCACAUAAUGAUACUCCUCCAGGAGUUGGAGAAAAUAUGAGUCAACAAUACUCUGAAACCCUAGCGGCCUCUGGUUCAAGUGAUUCAAAUCUUCAGAAAUAAAACUCUUCUGCCUUUGAGACUAAUAAUGAUAAUUUUCUGGAUGAUAUUUGUCUCAAUCGUGGGACAGAAAGGCCUUUCGUAGAAUCUGAGAAGAAAGAUGAGCAUGAAAGCUUUUCACGAUCAAAUUAUGGGCUUACUCCUGAAGCACAGUUUUCUCAUGUUCAAUCUGAUAUAUUUGAAAGAAAAAGAUUUAUGAAAGGUCCUCUUUCAUGGGAUAGCAAUCAAGAGUUUUCUCAGGCACCGUCAAAUUGUGAUCCUUACCCAAGUGACUUGCAACAUGGAAAUACAGUUGCAAAUGGAAAAGAGAAGCUAAAAUCCAAAGAACCAUUGUUUUCAAUUCCUAAAUCAUCAGAAGAAAAACAAGUUGAUAAUGGUUUGAAUUCUGUUGGUGUCAAAGUUGGAACACUUUUUGAUGAAUCUACUUCCGCUAAGACUCCAUUAGAUGGAAUUCGCGU